AUGGCUCUCCUGGUAGCCCUGGUGGUGUCCCUGCCCCUCCUCGGCCUGGCUCCUCUGGCCCAGGCCGGCUGCCCCUCUGCCUGCCGCUGCUCCUUUGCCAUGGUCCAGUGUCUGGAGCCCGACGGCAUCUCCAUGAUCCCUGCGCUGGCCCCCCUGGAGAGCGAGAACGUCACCGAGAUAUACAUAGAGAACCAGGCUGGAGUGGAGAACAUCACCGGCUUGGACCUGAUCAACUUCCAAGAGCUUCGAAAUCUAACGGUCACCUUCUGUAAACUUCGCUUCAUCUCAGCCAACGCCUUCCAGUACAACAUCAAGCUGCAGUAUGUAAAUUUGGCCUCCAACCUCCUGGAGCACAUCAGCUGGAAGGUCUUCCGCUUCCUGCCUCUGCUCAGUCUGGUGCUGCGGGACAACCCCCUGCAGUGCUCAUGUGAGUUGCACUGGCUCCAGCAGUGGCAGAGGAAUACCCAGGCAGACCUCGACUCUCAGGCACUCUCCUGCCUGCACGGACAGCUGGAGGUGUCGCUCAGCUCUCUGCACAUCGAAAACUGCAGCCUCCCAGAGGUCACCAUCCUCCCGGCCAACAACAGAGUCCAGGAGGGGGGCAACCUCACCUUCGAGUGCCAUGUGACCGGGAGCCCCACCCCCCGAGCCCGAUGGAGGACGGAGCACCUUGACUCUCCCUUCACUACACAGGAGAGGAUUUGGGGGUCCACUCUGGAGCAUGUGCUGUAUCUGACCAAUGUGUCGGCCAGUGACAACCUGCACAACCUGACCUGUGAGGCGGAGAACCAGGCCGGGCCGGACAGCGACACUGUGCCCCUCGACAUCCAAUUCCCAGCUCACAUCCUCUUCCUGAAGGACGCUGUGCCCAUGCAUCACUGGUGCUUCCCGUUUGCGGUGGACGGAAACCCAGAGCCCACCAUCAGCUGGCUGUACAAUGGUGCGGUGCUGCAGGAGACGCUCUUUGCCUUCACGAAGAUCAUCAGCGACUCUAGCGACGGCUCGCAGAAGCAUGGCUGCCUGUACCUGAACAAGCCCACUCACAUCAACAACGGCCUGUACACACUGCUAGCCCAGAACAGACUGGGGAGCGACCAGGCCAACGCCACCGGCAGCUUCAUGGACAACCCCUUUGACCCCUUUGACCCUGAGGGCAUCAUCCCAGUCCCUGAUGUCGUCCCAACUCCCACCAACAUGACCGUGCUGGCCGUGACGGAGAACCUGGAGAGCCGCGUGUUUGUGGUGUCCGUGGCAGUGGGGUUAGCGCUCUUCGCCUGUUUCUUCCUCCUGCUGAUUCUGGUGGUUCUGAAUAAAUGUGGACAUCACCCCAAGUUCGGCAUUCACCGUUCCUCUGUUCUGGGCACAGAGGACGACCUGGCUGUGUCCCUGCACUUCAUGAAGGGCAGCAGCCCCCCGUCCUCUGAUGAAGACUCUGGACUGUCCAGCUUUGUGGAGAACCCUCAAUACUUUUGCGGCAUCAUCAAAGACAAAGACAUGUGUGUGCAGCACAUUAAGCGACAGGACAUCGUGCUGAAGUGGGAGCUUGGAGAGGGAGCGUUUGGGAAGGUUUACCUGGCUGAGUGUGCCAACCUCAGCCCAGACAGCGACAAGAUGCUGGUCGCCAUCAAGACUCUGAAAGAUGCCAAUGAGUCCACACGGCAGGACUUCCAGAGGGAGGCGGAGCUGCUGACAGUCUUGCAGCAUCAGCACAUCGUACGCUUCUACGGGGUGUGCACAGACGGAGAGCCGCUCGCCAUGGUGUUUGAGUACAUGCGCCAUGGCGAUCUCAACCGCUUCCUCCGGGCCCAUGGUCCAGAUGCAUGCAUGUUGGAUGAGUCUAAGCUGCCGGCUGUGGGGCAGCUGACCGUGCCUCAGAUGUUGCACAUCGCGGCGCAGAUCGCCUCGGGGAUGGUGUACCUGGCCUCCCUGCACUUCGUCCACCGUGACCUGGCCACACGCAACUGCCUGGUGGGGGAGGGACUCGUGGUGAAGAUCGGAGACUUUGGCAUGUCCCGGGACAUCUACAGCACCGACUACUACAGAGUGGGCGGGCGCACCAUGCUGCCCAUUCGCUGGAUGCCCCCCGAGAGCAUCAUGUACCGAAAGUUCACCACAGAGAGCGACAUCUGGAGCUUCGGGGUGGUACUGUGGGAGAUCUUCACCUACGGAAAACAGCCCUGGUACCAGCUGUCCAACAGCGAGGCCAUUGAAUGCAUCACGCAGGGCCGGGAGCUGGAGCGGCCCCGCACCUGUCCCAAAGAGGUGUAUGCUCUGAUGCAGGGCUGCUGGCACCGCGAGCCCCAGCAGAGGAUGGUCAUCAAGGAUAUCCACAGCCGUCUCCUGGCUCUGGUCAAGAACCCGCCCGUGUACCUCGACAUCCUGGGCUAGUCCCCGGACAUCCUGGGACACUCUUCACCC